AUGAAACAUCAACACUGGUCAAUAAUUAUAGAGCAAUUGAUAUCUUCAUUGAUGUAUGUCAAUGGGGCAUUGAGUAUAGCCCUGCUAGUGCUGAAAUCUAAGAUAGAUAUACCUUUACUGCUGUUUGUUAUAUUCGAGUUUGUUGGCUCUCUAUCGGUGACAACGGGAAUCCUGCUUUCCCUACUCCGAUCCAAGCCAUCCCAACUGAACUACUGUGUGGCUGUUAUUUACACUUUCAGCGUUCUCUGUUCCACCACGGUGGGAAUAUAUUGGAUCGACAAUAUUUUAUUCAAAAAUGUUCUUGAGCUAGAAUUCAUUCAGAGGCGCCUUCGAAUAAGUUUUGCAACCUUUUUCAACUUGUCACUAUUGUUGAAGCCAUUUUUGUUUCUGAAGUUUUUUCCAAUGGAAAGAAGCAGCUUCUCAGAUCAGGAGAACCUGUUGAGCUCUACUGUGGAAAAAGGUUCUGUAAACACCCACUCCACUUUGAUUGAUCAAACCGAAUCAUCGGGUAAUGAUAUUUUGAAUGAACAGGAUGGGAUCUUAAAAUCUUUUUUCCAAACAAACAAAGAAGAACAUAUAGUCAACAGUCGAAACCUAGUGGGGCCUAAAUUGCAUAAAACUUUGCAGUUACAAGACAACCCACCAUGGCUUAGCUUGAUACCCACCCAAACGAGUGCCUGCGAAACAACCGAGACAUCCGAGUUUGCAAAUUCAACUCCCGAUAUGUUCUUACAAUCAUUGGUAAUACCCGAAUUUCCAGUAGAAUCGUCUCCAGUAUUAGAAGAAAAGCGUAAAUCGUUAUAUGAUUCACCUCCAGAUCGGAACCAAUUGAUAACUGGUCAUAUCUCUGAAGAACAGGAUUCUCAAGAUCCUAGUUUUUUUAAACACUCCAACUUUGAAUUUCCACCACAAGGAGCUCUCAAGCAAAUUUUGCCGGACAAAAUUAGCACAGAACCAAAAACACCAUCCCAAAAAAGCAUAUUGAUGGCUGAAUAUGACGAACAAAACAUUCGACAGUUAAAUAUUUCAGAACCGUUGUCACCAGAUAGAUUGUACGGAAAAUUUGUACCCAAAAAGCCUGGAUUAAAUCACAUUACACAGAGAGAUUGGAAUAACCAAAGUUACGAAUUAAUUCAAGCUCCCAGUCCCAGUUUUAAUAUGGAACAACCUUUAAAGGACAACGAAGAAGAUAUAAACAUAGAUUCUUUAAAGUAUGGCAAUAUGCUGUUUGAGGAGCUCAAAAAGGAGAUCAAACAAAAUGAUCAGAAGAAGAUGAAUACACAAAUAUCGCUACCGACUUUGAAAAGCCAUUCUUCAAUUUCAAGUAAGCGUUCAUUAACUAGAGUUAUACGUGAAUCAGUUUCUUCAUCAACACUAAAUAAUUCUGCCCCUCUUAAAAGAAGAUUGAGCUCUAUCUCGUUGAGAAAUCAUCAUAAGAAAUCACAUUCCUUAUCUGCUAUAUCUGGGGCUCAAUUGAAGCCUUUAUACAGCCCACUAAAGUUAUUGAUAAACACAUCCGACUUUAACCUAAACGCUCAUCACAAAACAAAGGAAAGCGACGAUUUAGAAGAUGAAGAUCUAGACAUUAAUUUGCUCAACGCAAUACACAAUUCUCCCAAAAAGAAAUCUUCCAGCAGAUCUAUAGGAAGAAGCCAAACGUUCUCCUCGAAUUCAACAUUCAGACCCAGAAAUUUAGAGCUACUAUACGAUUCUCUGAAAAGCGACAACGUGGUUGGGGAGCAGACGACUAAUUCUUAUGGAGAUUUAUCGCCAUCUAAAAUAAGCAACCUUGGUGACAUCCUUGGAAACGCCUUCGUUAGCAAUGUGCGUAAAACAAGCCGAGUUUUCAGUGGAACUGAUAAGUCUACGGUAUCUGGAAGCUCUGUUCCGAGUGGGUACUAUGGGGAGUAUGAUAGAGAAAAAUGGAGUGCUUUUAAAAAAUUAAAGAAUGCUAAGAGCAGCCCCGACAUAUCUGAACUAUCCCGGCUCUCUGGAAUUGAUACAACUAAGUAUUAA